AUGUAUAAACGGGAGAACAGAACGUUUUGCGUAAACCGCAACGUCUACCCUCAAGCUAUGCAAGACAUUCGCAAAUUAUCGUUUCCUGAACUCGACAAAAUUCGUUGUAUCCGCUUCGUCUGGACAUACUUUGACAGCGUCGGCUUGACCGAUAAGCCAUUUCAGAACCUUGUUAGAGGUAAAAAGAUAACCAUGCGCAACAACCUUAUCAAGGUAGUCUUCGUUUUCGCCUUCAACUAUCCAGAACCGAGAUAUUAUAUCGAUACUCAUAAUUCACAACCUCAAGUCGACGGGAUGAACAGAUUUGAAUACCCUACAAUUAUUCAAGCCAACAUAGAGUUCUUGAGUCGUGCAAGCAAGGAGGGCAUCAAGACUGUCGAAUCAGGUAUCGAAGGCGUAAACACCUUGUUUGAAGACCGGCGUAGAGAAGACAUCCUGGUAUGGAUAUCUUGUCCACCAGUUGCUCCAACGGAUAGGAGGUUCCUCAAACUGCCGUUUAUGGAAGACAAUGUUGAAGUGGGACGAAAUUCCGGACUUUUAUUGACUUGGUAUACCAAGAAGAAAUCAUCUAUACAUGAUAAAGAACGAUUCGUGAACGGACUGAGACCACGGCUUAUACCGGGUGAGGACCGCCCUUCAUGA